AUGGCGGCAGACAAUCCAGUGGUGUUCUUCGACAUCUCAAUCGGCGGGCAGGCAGUGGGGCGCAUCAAGAUGGAGCUCUUUGCAGACGUCGUACCAAAAACUGCAGAAAACUUCCGCCAGUUUUGCACGGGAGAGUUUCGAGGUGAUUUUGUCAAGGGAGAUGGAACUGGGUCUGCAAGCAUCUACGGACCCUCUUUUGGAGAUGAGAAUUUCAAACUGAAACACGACCAUCCAGGUCUCCUCUCCAUGGCCAAUAGUGGACCUGCUACCAAUGGCUGUCAGUUCUUCGUCACUUGUGCCAAGUGCGAAUUUCUCAACGGGAAACACGUGGUGUUUGGGAAGGUGGUGGACGGACUGUUGAUAGUCAGGAAGAUAGAGAACAUCCCAGUUGGAGCCAACAGCAGACCCAAACUACCUGUUGUUAUCACUCAAUGUGGAGAAAUGUGA